AUGAGGGAGAUAAAAAAAUUAAAGUGUGAUGCUGCAGAUCUUCGACAUGACAUCGAGCGGCGUAGAAAAGAACGAAGUAAAGAACGAGGAGACUCUAAAGGUUCCAGGGAAUCCAGUGGCUCAAGGACAGAGAAAAUUCCAAAGGAUUACAAGGAUUAUAAACCUUACAAAGAUGACAGUAAACAAAAAAGAGAGCAAGACCGUUCUCGAUCUUCCUCAACUUACUCCCCAUCUUCCUCCUCAUCCAGUUCCCGAGAAGAAAAGGAGCAGAAAGAAAGAGAAGAAGAAUUUAAACCCCAUCAUGAGCAGAAAGAAUAUCGGUUUACAGGAGUUGGAAGACCUAGAGGCACAUUUUUUCGAAUUAGGGGCAGAGGAAGAGCCAGAGGCGUGUUUGCUGGAACAAAUACUGGUCCCAGCAACUCAAACACUACUUCAAAGAGACCGAAGGAGGAGGAGUGGGAUCCUGAAUAUACCCCAAAAAGCAAGAAAUACUUCUUGCAUGAUGACAGAGAUGAUGGUGUAGAUUACUGGGCUAAAAGAGGAAGAGGUCGUGGCACUUUCCAGCGUAGCAGAGGAAGAUUCAACUAAAAAUCAGGUAGCAGUCCAAAGUGGACACAUGACAAAUACCAAGGGGAUGGGCUUGUGGAAGAUGAAGAAGAAACAAUGGAAAAUGAAGACAAGGAGAGACGUAAAGAAGAAAAAGAAUAG